AUGUCCACCAGGUCACCUCCCCAUAAACGUCGUCGUCAAGUUGAAACUUGUAUAAAUUGUCGGUCGUCUCGAAAGCAAUGUGACAAAGGACAUCCUUGUCGUAACUGUUUGGAGAACAAUCGACGUUGCUUGUAUGCCAAGGAGUUUCCAUAUAGCGACAUGAGCCGAGACGAGCAAGCUGCUAUUCUUGAGCGACUCUUGUAUGAGACGAGGGGCAAGUUUGAAGUACUCAAGAACUACGUGGAGCAGAAUGCGGUGCAAGAUUGGCAAUCCCAAGUGGUGUUAGCGAACACCAAGCGCAACCUUGUGCGUAAUAUCCGUCUUGAAGCUGAUAUGCAUCAUCACAUGCGCCGCUAUACUGCGAGUUGGCUUAUCAAUGUAUCUGUGCCAGGACAACCUGAAUGGCGUGUGCAAGAUAAGGUGUUCAAAGGCAUCUUUGGUCGUAAUGGGCGCAUCCUCAACCUGAUGGGUAUUUUGCCUCAAGAGACGAUUCCCCCUGUGCCCAAGAUGCUUGCUGAUACCGAGUACUUGUCGAUUGAUCUUGUGCGAGCGAUGGUGUCUACCGAAGAAGUGGAGAUGAUGAUUGCUCUCUACAAUGAUUGUUACUCCUUCUCAGCACUCCCAGAUUUCAUUUCUCCUCACUUUGACCAGAAUGGCGAAUAUGACUUGCUGCUGAGCUCUGUGUUAUGUCUCAUGUUUACGCACUGUGUGAAUCUCCAUGCCAUGAAAGUCGACAACCACGAGAUCAUAUCGCACGCCUUUUAUUACCACACCAAACAAUUACGGGAUGCACGAGUCGCCAAUGGCAUCGAUAUCAUGUCCUUACAUGCUACAUUCAACAUCAUGUUGUACGAAGCAGAGAACGGCUAUUUGCAGCAAUGUGCCAUGUCCCGGCAACAGAUGGCGAUCAUGAUCGACAUGCUCCAUGCCCACUAUGGAAAUAUGUCGGUAUGGCAACAAAAUUUACUACGACACUUGUUCUGGGCUAUUUUCACAGCCGACGCUGGUUCGCACAACAUGCAAAUGCAAGAACACGUGUUAUGCGCACCUUAUAUGCACGUCCACAAGCAACGUCCUUCCGAGCAGUGCUUGCAAAUGGUGGAGAAGCUCAAGGAGGAAUACAUUUACUUUCGUUGUCGUCUUGCUGAGAACAUUCGUCUUAUUUGGAAAGGAUGCUACAACACUAAUGCUCCCUCGAUCGAUGGUGCUCAAGUGAAAGCACUCGAGGAUGAAAUGUGGGGUCUCUAUCAUGAAUUGCCAAAAUGGAUCACAAGCGAAUGCCACCUCGAGGAUAUCACACUUGAAACUUGUUCGGGGUAUGAGUGCUUCCGUGAUGAGCCUAAUAAGCACUCUCGCAAACAUCCCGUGUGCCACCGUUCCCUUGUCGAAGUAUGGAUGCGUCGUUUAAGAUACCAUUUCUUGGUCGAAUGGCAUGGCGCAUGGCUCUUUUUAUACCAAGUCUUUUUGCCCAAACCGGGAGAUGUCAUUCAAUUACCUUUUAUUCGUUGCUUGGAACAUGGCAAAUUGAUGGUGGAUGUCAUGGAACGCUGGUCCGAAGAUCCUGACUUUUUCGAUUGCUAUUGCUAUCCUUCCUUACGCACCUUGUUGGUUGCUUCUCAUGUUCAUCGCUACUUGCUUGGCUCUGAAAUUCCUGAAGUACGCCAAAAGGGAUACCAGCUUUUGCAUCAACUCUUUACCAUUGUCCGCAAUUCCAAUAUUUAUCACAUGUACAAGGACACCAGCUUCAUUCUCGGCAUGAAGGCCGCCUUCUCCGCUGUUCCUCGAGAAUACAUCUAUGCUGAUCCUGGUCAAAUCUUUGACAUCUCCACUGCUGCUGCCAAUAGCAACGAGGCCGAUAUUCACAGAUUCUCUGCUGCCGCUUCCUAA